AUGUCGGAACUCGUCAAAACGCUCGUCCUCCGUCCGGACAUCUCCAAACCAAAAUGGGAUCAGUCGACAUUUGAGGGAAGAGCCAAGCAUUUCUUUGCCAUCACCAACCCGCUGAAUCUGUUCUACGGUACAAAUCAAUUGGAUGAUUUCAAGAAGAUUGUCGAUGAAUACAGAAAGGGAACUGUCUCCAACGAUCUCACUGUCAACCAGCUCUGGAAGGCGAAACACGUUGUCGAUUCGGCAUUCCACCCAUCCACCGGCGAGAAAAUGCUCAUGGUUGGCCGCAUGUCCGCCCAGGUUCCAAUGAAUAUGGCCAUCACCGGAGGAAUGCUCACAUUCUACAAAUCGCCAAUGGCCGUCAUUUUCUGGCAAUGGCUGAACCAGUCGUUCAACGCUGUGGUCAACUACACAAACCGCUCUGGUGACGGUGGAUCUGUCAGUCAGUUGCUCGUCUCGUACUGUUCCGCCACCGGAGGAGCACUCACCGCUGCUCUCGGAUUGAACUCGCUGGUCAAGAAAGCACCACCACUUGUCGGACGUCUCGUGCCAUUUGUCGCCGUGUGUGUGGCCAAUGCUAUCAACAUUCCCAUGAUGAGAAGAGGCGAGCUCACCGACGGAAUCGACAUUCUUGACGAGAACGGACAGGUGAUUGGACAAUCACCAGGUGUCGCCAAGUCGGCUAUCAGCCAGGUCGUCGUCUCUCGCGUCUUCAUGGCAACCCCUACAUUCGCUUUCAUUCCAGUCGUUGUGAAUGCCCUCGAGAAGCGACCAUACUUCAAGGCCAAUCCGAAGAUGUUCCUUCCUCUUCAGACCAUCCUCUGCGGCCUUGUUCUCUCCGUGUCGACACCAGUCGGAUGCGCGUUGUUCCCACAAUUGACACCAGUCACUUUCGACCAAAUCGAGCCAGAGCUUGCCGAGAAGCUCAAGAAUUUGCCGAACCCGCCAAAGCAGCUUUAUUGCAACAAAGGAUUGUGA